GGACCUGUGCUAGUCUCGCAAUGAUACCUCGGCUCCACAUACGACUGGGUCAUUCAUGAGAAUUUUACCUUCCUUUGAUUCCAUUCGCAUCGUCGGGAUAACCUCACAUCUGUCUAAGCCACAACGACCCCAAACAUUAUUCAGCAAAUCAACGAGGUUCUGCAAGAAUUUCCAACUUGGGAUUACGACGCCUCUAUACGCGCGUUGUUUCAACCAAGUAAGAGACACAAAGUCACUACCUCACUUUUUAUCCCAGAUACUACCACCAAACCCACGCCACAAAAUGUCCCUCUGCAAAGCCUGCUCAGAACCUCUCUACCUCGAAGUCGACCCCGACUACGACCUAGACCAGGACUCCAACGCCUCAGACGAUGGAAUGGACCAGGAUCAUGACAACGGCGGCCCCUCCUCCUCCUCCUCCCACCCCCAACAAGUCCCCGAUGACCUCCUCCUUCCCUGCAACUGCCACUAUCACUGGCAAUGCCUAAUGGACCUCUCCUCCUCCGUGGCCCUCUCUCUCCGCUGUCCCUCUUGCAACACCUACCUGCCCACCAAUUCUUCCUCUUCCUCCUCUUCGGGGUUCUCAGGGUCAUCGAACCCGGUGCCCGUGAGCGCCACAAACCCCGUCCUCCCCACCUCCCAGGGCCUCGCCAUCCUCACCCAAUACCACAACGAAGGCGGUGUCCAGUCCUCCCUCGACAUCCUACCUGCCCUCACUGAAGAAGCCUACCUCUCUUCCAACCCUUCGGCGCGCCCUGCACGCGCUAUGCACACCAUGGCUGCCGAGGGCGACUUUGCGGGUAUCAUCGAGCUCCUAACGGAUGUGGCCGCUUCGGAAGAUGAGGAAACCACCAUCACCCCCAGCGAACUGCUCACCUUCCGCGACCCGCUGAACGAGGGCAAGACGGCGUUGCAUCUUGCUGUCGAGAAUGGAAGAGAAGAAGUGUUUUGGUUGUUGCUUUGGCUGGGUAGCGGAUUGCCGACCGAGGUGUUCCCGGCUGAGGUGGUGGAGGUUGCCAACGGGGUUGGGGUGGGCGAGAGGAGAGCGGAGGUGGGUGCGGAGGAGGAUGUGAGGUGGGUUAGGGAUGAGAGGGGACGGAGUGUUAAGGAGGUCUGUGGGGAGGUUGGGGGACGGUGGGCGGAGAUGGCGGUUGGGGGAUUGUUUGAUUAAGGAAGAAGGGUGUGGUAGGGGAGACAGAGAAGAGAGAAAGCGACGUCAUGAAGGAUUUGGAUGAGAAGUUUUCGGCGUUGUGUAUCGAAAAGGGGUCUACGGUCAAGAUAAAAGUUUGGGUGAAGACAAAAAAAAGGGGCUUAUAGAAAUAAGGGCAGCCUCGGUUAUGAAUCAAUAAAGUCAUUCCACGUUAUCAUGCCC